GGGCUUGUUGGCGGAGAGGUUGUACAAAAAAAAAAAAAAAGAUACACUACCUCCACUCCUUGUCACAGCUGGCCUAGUAUUCUGUUACAGAUACAAGCAAGCCAUGGAUUCUGAGUACUCUGACUCCUAUGAUAUGUACUGGGGGACCCUUGGAACAGUACGACCCUACUCCAAUUUCUACCCUGACAGAGAUGUGACGGAGAUCGUGACAGCACUGGAAAACAAAGACACAGUGACGCUACUGAGAAUACUAACCAAUAGGAACAACGCCCAGAGGCAAGUAAUUGCUCAGGUCUUUCAGGAGCUAACACAUAAGGAUAUAAUAACUGCUCUGAAGAAAGCUUUAUCUGGAGACCUGGAGCUUCUUUUGCUGGAACUGUUGAUGCCCCCCGUGGAGUAUGAAGCUUACCGUCUCCAGGAGGCCAUGGCGGGUUUGGGCACAGAUGAAGAAACGCUUGCGGAAAUUCUGAGCACAAGAUCUGGAAAGCAGCUGCAAAGCAUCAGUGCUGCAUACAAAGAAAUGUAUAAGAAGGAUCUGGAAAAGGAAAUCGAAUCGGAAACCAGUAAUGACUUUGAGAAGCUUCUUAAAGCUUUGCUACAUAAAGGAUGUGUCGCUGGUGUGGUUCAGACAGACAUUGAGACUCUCUCUGCAUCCCUAAAAGGGAAGAAAGCUGAGGCAGGACAAUGGAUUGACAUAUUGACUUCUAGAGAUGUAGAACAUAUUGACAACGUGUUGAUGGGACUGGAGCUGGAGCUUGGGCAGACGGUGGAUCAGAUCAUAGAGAAAAGGUUUUCAGGAGACUUUCGCUUGGGUCUGAAAGUUUUGGUACAGUGCAUUCAAAACCGUGAUGCCUACCUUGCCACGAGACUUAAGACCAUGAAGAAAGAAAUAGUGCAGCGGAUUAUGGUGUCUCACAGUGAGGAAGAUCUACUCUGUAUCCGAGCUGCUUUCAUUAAAUUAACAGGCACUUCCCUCUACACUGCACUGCAGAACCACUUUAAAGGAGACUAUCUAAAGGCACUGCUUGCUAUAUGUCGAUCUGAAGAUUAAAUAAAGCCUACAAGUUUUAGCUGCACCUGCUACUCACUGAUCUAGUAACUUCCUUCCCAUUGCUAGUACAAAAAUAAGCUCUGUUUUAUGCUAAUCUUCAUAUUGCAUUGAAUCACUUACUUUAGGUAUACACAUUUUAUAUAUAUAUAUAUAUAUAUAU